AUGCGUGACGUGACUCGAAGAGUCGACUAUCGAGAAGGGGUUCAAGAGGAACGGAAAAAACUAGUAGAGGCACAGAGCGAGUUCAGAAGAUGGGAGGAAGAGCAACAAAGGAUGUACUUAUGGGCUUGAUGUUGUUGAAGAUAGAUUGUAGUCUACUUCCGUAUGUCGUCCAGAUUUAAUUGAAUUUCUGAUUCUUGUUCUCUUCUUCCUCUUACAAAACAAGGACUACUUCGUUAAUAUGUCAAAUUAAUACGAAUUCACUACACGACAACAUCAGGUACGUCGAAACCCUGCACCUGGAAACCAUAGUCCAGAACCGCGAAAUGGAAACUCAAGAAUUGAGACGGCAAUUGAAAUCCCUCUGGGCUGAACAUCAAGUCUUGAUGACGAAAACAGAGGAGAAGAAGAAGAAGUUGUGGGCGUUGUUGGAAAGUGGAGCGACGACGUCUAGACUGGAAGGGGAGUCGAGAAUGGAUGUCGAAGGAGAGGGGGAUGAGACUAGGGUAUGUUUUUUUUCGUGUGCCUACCUACGCACGCAUACAAAACAAUUCACUCAAUACUAGCUCAGCACGAAACUUUCAGCGCAAGAAGCACAACAAAUUCAACUGCCACCAUUUUUCCUACCACUUAGACAAACAGGUACUCGCCGAUCCAGAUCCUACGAACAAUAGCACUACCCAGAUGCCCUUCAACGCUUCCUCUUCAAAGCAAAACAGCAGUACAUUCCUGAAAAAAGGCCACAGAUGGCUCGACGCAUCUCUGGAUUUUCUCGAAAAGGGGCAACUAUCGCUAGCCUCUACAGCCAGAGCAGGGAGCAAUUCUAGACGCGGAACAAGUAAGGGGAGAACAGCUACGGGGAGAACAGCUGUGGUGCAAGAAUCGACGCUGUUGAAUCUUUCGCCCAUACAAUUGUCGCCUGCUUCGCCUGGAGUGGUGAAGAAUGAAGGGUAAAGACUGCGCUAGGUCAAGCUGUAGUUGCGUAACGCCUGAUGAUGAAUGAAUACUUUUACUUCUUUGAUGUUCUACGAACAUCAACUGUGAAGCAAUAACAAAUGACUACUUAAAAUCGCCACUUUGUACUGUAUACAACACUACUUGGAGCAUUCGACGGGAAUUUAUUACCAUGGUUCCACUGUACACGCUUUUGGACUCAUUUGUUUUCUUGAGGGGUGGUUGUACGGCAUCAACCAGACGAGUGUCAAGACACGUGUGAUGCAGCAGAGGGGGUC